UCAUCUCUCUUCUCGGUUUCUUCUCCUUACAGUCUUAUAAUUCUCAUUUUCUCAACGGCAACAACACGCUUUGGGGAAAGGAAAUCAAACGAAGAAGAAACAAAUAGGGUUUCGUCUCCAAAUUAGCCUUGGAAGAGAAGCAAAGGGAAAUCGAGACGAUUGAUUCUGAGCGUGUUAAUUGAAGGUACUGUCUGCGUGAUUUUGCUGCUGGGCUGUUGUUUUUUUGUUCCGGAUCGUUGCUGGAAGCAGAAAGGCAAGGUCUUGCGGAUCUGCACGAUUUUCCUGUUUGGAAUCCCGGGCUCGUACUGAUUGGACGCCGUUGUUCUUCGGAGAUGCCUGGUGAACUUGUCUGCUCCGGUUGCAGGAGCUUACUCCGUUAUGAAAGUGUAACAAAUAGUGUUCGUUGUGCAAUAUGCAACACAAUAACUCCAGUGCUCCUGCAGUCACAAGAUGCAGCCCAACUUGUUUGUGGAGGUUGUCAUAGAAUGCUAAUGUAUGCUCGGGGUGCAACAAGCGUCCGGUGUUCCUGUUGUAACACCAUAAAUCAUGCUAGAUCUGCAAAUCAACUUGCUCAUGUGAACUGUGCCCAGUGCCAUACAAUGCUUGUGUAUCCUCAUGGAGCACCUUGUGUUAAAUGUGCGUUAUGCAAUUUUGUUACUAGUGUUGCGACAAAUAGUGGAAUGGUGCCAAUCCUAGUAAACAUGCCAAAUGGAGCCACCCCAACCCAUCCAUCCACUUCAGCUCCAUUGCCAAACUCGAACAACCAGACUGUUGUUGUUGAGAAUCCUAUGUCAAUGGACCAAAGCGGCAAGCUGGUGACCAAUGUUGUAGUUGGAGUAACCACAGGAAAAAAAUGAUUCUUCUGUUCUGAUACUCUGAUACCUGUAAUUGCUGUGCCAUUACGAAACAAUCAGGACAUGAACUAGUGUCAAAUGUCUCUAGGCAUAUAGCCUGUAGCGUUAUUUUACAAGGAAAAAUAUUUUUUCUAUGUACAUUUUUGUGGAAGAUUAUAUAUCAAAAUAUUACUAGUCAUCUGAAGUUUGCUCGUUUUCUG